AUGACACGCUCCAAAGUCCUCGACGAGCAGCGAAAGCGCAUCGGACAGGCCUGCAAAGGCUGCCAGAACCGCAAACAAAAGUGCGACGGACAAACGCCGUGCUCAGGCUGUGAGAAGCGCGGCCAUGUAUGCGUCUACGAUCCGCCGCGGAAGCGCAAGAACGUGCCUCGCUCCGCCAAGCAGGACGGCAUCGUCCCGUCUUCCAAGGGCCUCGCGAAUGCGUUCACAAUGGCCUACAUCAAGCCGGAGCCGGGAAACUCACCCCCCUUGCCGUCGCCGCUGGGCCACGGCUUCUUCCCCCAUGCAUCGUAUCACUCGCCGUCGGCCAUAUCGGAAUGGAGUAAUGCGUCGGAGGUCCCGUACGAGUCUGCUAUUGCUACAAGAAUCCCCAAUCAAAAUUCUGUCUCCAUCUGUGGCUCCUCGUCGGCUAGCUUUCUUGCCGACAUCAAGAGACUAAUAUUGCCGAUAUCUGGAUCCUGCCACUUCACCCAAAGUCAUGACAAUCUCACCAGGUUAGGAAGCAACGCUCAUCCACAGGGACUGCCCAACUCAGUGCCGCUGCCUGAUCGAGACAUGGCAGAGCAGCUGGUGAAGCUGGCCCGCCAAUACAGUAUCCAUUUGGUGGACAUCCUGGAUGAAGUCACUAUUCAUGAGCUUCUGCAGACCUGCUACUCCAGCCUUCCGCCACAAGACCCCGGCAGCCUCUGCUUAUUAUAUCUCCUCUUCGCCGCCGGAUCCGCCACCCUCGAGGCCCAAAAGACGGCCGAAUACCCCGACUCGGGACUUGUUCUCUCUGAUCAUCUCCGACAGGCCGAUGACUACUUUUACUUUGCAGAAGCGACUCUGAUGCGCAUCGGCGGCUUCGACACAUUCGAGGUGUGGAUGAUACAAGCAUGGGCGCUCAUGACGACCUACUCCCUCGCUGCUUCCAAAUGGAACGCAGCGGAUGCCUAUAUAGGAUUGGCAGUAAGGGCUGCGGCUGUGCUCGGCAUCAACCAGGCGGCGCAAGGGUCUUCUUCGUUGCGCGCCGCGGCAGUCGAGGGGAAGGCAAACGCUGUCCAUUCCAAGCUUUGGAAGUGUCUAUUCGUUCUUGACUCCCUGGUGGCCGCGCUUCUCGGGCGGCAACCGCAAGCUCUCACAGAACAAAAAUGCAAGCCAGUGGCGCCGGGAGACUACUCCUCCCCGUCCAGCAGUCCCAGCGGCCGUGAUGAGUGUCUCGAGUACAACGUAGCCUCGGCCAAGAUGAUCCGCAAGACCAUCAAGCUCGUCUAUAACCAGCGGCACUUUCCAGCCGAGCGAGCGUCGACGAUGCUGCAGCAGGCCCAACAGUAUUCCCCUCCGCUGAGCCCCGUCUGCAAGCAGGAGCAGCCGCACGACGACGACGCCGAGGAGAGCCUCGCCACGCAGCACGCGCUCCUGUUUCGCGACUACGCAAAGAUGCUCCUCUCCAGACCCUUCUUCGUCCAGGAACUGUGCCAGUCGUCCAAGCAGAAAUACGACACCACCUGGAAGUACAUUUCCCAGGCCUGCGUCUUCACCGCCCACCAGGCCGUCGAGCGCAUGUACGAGGCACAUAACCAGUCGCGACAGUUUCAAAACGACUACAUACCGUGUCUACAUACGGCCGUCUUGGUCAUUCUGACGAACCAGUUCUUCGACUUGUACAAGUAUGAAAACUCAGACGCCAUUGUCGGGCAGGCUUUCUUCAUCCUGGAGCUGGGGAGCCCGCGGAACCCCACCGAGGAGGGCGAUCUCAACAGCCUCUACGCUCUGCGCCGGCUCGUCGACGAGCGGAAGCGCCGGUCGCUGCCCAUGGGCCGGCCGACGUACCUGGAAAUGCCUCCUCCGUACGGAAACUACGAGGUGCAGGGCGACGGCGUGAUGAGCCCCCCCGCCUUCCCCACGCACGACUUCGCCGCCGCCGUCGCGUGCCCGGACUCGACAUACUGCGGCCCGGACGGCCGCCGCUACUCGGUCCAGUCGAUGCCCUCGUCCGACUACCUGGAGCCGGCGACGGGCGUUGGCAUCGGCCCGCUGAGCGCAUGGGGCGGCGGCGCCAUGCCGGGCAUCAAUCUGGCCCGCUGCGGCAGCGAUGCCGCCUGCUACGGAUUCGCGGUGCAACAGGACGGAUACGACGGCGACGCCAUGCAGGUGACACAGGACUACGCCGCGUAUCCGGGGCAGCAACUAUAUUUAUCUUAA